AUGGCUGUUCCCAACACCUAUGGGCUGAUCUUUGCCUGUACCUGUGGAGUGAUCCUGGGCAUUGGGCUCUGUGCCAACCUGCUGGUCUUUUCUCUGUUUGCAAAGUACAACACAUUGCGUAAGAACCGCCUCGACAUCCUCCUACUCAGCAUGACUCUGGCUGACUUCCUCACCCUCCUCCUCAUCCCCUUCACUUUGCACUCCGCUGUAAUCCAUUCCUGGCCUCUGGGUGAUACCUCCUGCAAGGUCUACCAGUUCCUGCUGGCCUUCAGCCUGGCGGCCAGCACCUACUCACUGUGUGCCGUGUCUAUGACCCGCGCCAUGAUCAUCACCAACCCAUACCAGCCACCCACCAUGGACCUGGUCAUCCUCAUGUUUGUCCUGGUCUGGGCCCUCAGCUUCUUCAUCAGCCUGCCGCUGCGUAUGUUUGCCACCAAAGACAGCCUGGGCCCAAGCAUGGCCAACUUCACCUUCUGCCUUCCGACCAUUCAUGAGCACCACUACCAAGUGGUCCUAAGCCAGUUUGUACUUUACUACUUUGUUCCAAUGCUAGUCAUUGCCUUUAACUACGUCCGGCUGGCUCUCUUUCUCCACAAGAGCCCUGUAAUGUCAGUGUCCAGUGCCAGGAACACCCGUCGUGCCUCUGUCAUGGUGUUCCUGGCUGCUGCCACCUUCUCAAUGUGCUGGCUGCCUGGUUAUGUGCUGGAGCUGUGUGUGUACCUGGGGCUGUAUCGCCAUGGACAGGCUUGGGAUAUGUUCUAUUUUAUCUGUACUGUGCUGCAGUACCUGCACCCCUGUAUCAACCCUGUGCUGUACGUGCUGCUGUCAAAGCGCUACCGCCACAGGAGGGCAGCCUGGCUCUUCAGCUGUAACAGGAACAGAGUGCAGCCACAGGUCAUCAGCGUCACCACAGACAGCUUUUAA